AUGCCUCGUUCUUCUCGUACAUGUGAAUUGAUUUUUAUCCCAGAAGUAGAGAAGACUGCGCGCCAAACUAGGAAAGAGACUAGACAAUUCAGGGAGGAGCAAUUUAACACUGUAUCUCAGAGAUUGGAUCCAGAUGUUGAGUCAACAAAUUUGAGUUGUGAAAAUUUAAAUGACCCAAGCCAAGAGGACAUCCCUAUGGCGAAUGCAAGAACACUAAGGGAGUUGGCUGCUCCAGAAUUACCCCAGCAGCCUUUGUGCAUCACAUUCCCAACUUUUGCUGAAAAUACCUCAUUCGAAUUGAAGUCAGGAUUAAUUCACCUCCUACCCACGUUCCACGGCCUCUCAGGUGAAGAGCCCUAUAAACACAUCCAGGAGUUCGAUGCGGUAUGCUCUAGUAUGAAGCCUCCAGGAAUUACUGAGGAGCAGAUCAAACUCAGGGCCCUUCCUUUCUCCCUCAAGGAUGCAGCGAAAGAUUGGCUGUACUACCUACCUGCAGGUAGUAUCACCACAUGGGCCCAAUUUAAGAAGAAAUUUUUGAAAAAAUUCUUCCCUGCGUCCCGGGCUGCGAUUCUAAGAAAAGAGAUGUGCGGCAUUAAGCAGUACCCUGGAGAAUCCCUAUACGACUAUUGGGAGAAGUUCAAUAAGUUGUACGCUAGAUGCCCACAGCAUCAAAUUAGUGAACAACUAUUGAUCCAAUACUUCUAUGAGGGCCUCCAGUCGUCUGAUAGGAGUAUCAUUGAUGCCGCAAAGAAUUCUCAACAAUUUGGUUUCCGUGAGAGUAACCCUACUCGUAGGGUUAAUGAGGUGGAGACAUCGUCCAUUCAGCAGCAGCUAUCGGAGCUAACUUCCUUCUUUCGACAAUUAGCUGUGGGGAACGUGCACCAAGCAAAGGUCUGUGGAAUCUACACAAAUUUGGGCCACCCCACCGACUCAUGCCCUAUGUUGCAAGAUGAGGGGGCUGAACAAAUGAACAUGGUUGGAGGCGUGCCCGCGCCUCGAAAAUCGUACGAUCCAUACUCAAACACGUACAAUCAGGGGUGGAGAGACCACCCCAAUUUCAGCUAUGGGAAUAGGCCACAGAAUUCAUUGUCCAAUCGUCCACCCGGAUUCCAGCAACCAUGGCAACCAAAGCCACAACCUUCGUCAUCUAACUCAGGAAGUUCUUUGGAGGAUAUUGUCAAGAGCCUGGCCACGAUCAUUACUCAAUUCCAGCAGGAGACCAGAGCGGGCAUGAAAAAUCUGGAGAUUCAAAUAAGUCACAUGGCAACCGCGAUUAAUCGCUUGGAGUCCCAAGUUUUUGGAAAAUUACAAUCACAACCCGAGGCAAAUCUCAGGAAUGUAAGUGCCAUGACAUUAAGGAGUGGCAAAGAGGUGGAGGGAUUUAAGUUGGUAAAUUCAAAAAGCAAAAGUGAUGAGGAGAUUGAAGAAGAAGGGCGCAUUCGCGAAAAUCCUAAGGUAAAAUUUACUCUUUCAACUCCUAUUAAAUCUAACUUACCUCCUUUUCCUUGCAAGUUGGAAAAGACAAAGAAGCAAAAUAAGGAAAAGGAGAUUUUAGAGGUGUUUCGAAAGGUGGCAAUCAAUAUCUCUUUGUUGAACGCGAUCAAGCAAGUGCCAAAAUACGCUCAAUUCUUGAAAAACUUGUGCAUCAACAAGAAGAAGUUGAGGGGGGAUGAACAGAUUGUGGUAGGUAAGAACGUUUCAGUGAUUUUACAAAGGAAACUACCACCUAAAUGCGGAGAUCCAGUUUCAGUUCCUUCGUUUCCUCUUUUCUUGUUAGUCCACCGCGCACAACACGUCGUCGUGGCGUGCUCCUCUUACCAUGCUCCUCCUGCUAGGGAUUCCCAAUACCGUGCCCUCCAAGACUCUAUCUAUGACUUGGGGGACCAAGUUGAGGGACUAGGUGCUCGCCUUGCAGCGAUGCAGGUUUUCGCCCGUAUUCAAGCAAAGAAUCAAGCUGCUUUCUUUGCUCAUAUUGGAUUCACUCCACCUCAUCCUUCUCAGCCUUAG